CAUGCGCGUAACCUUGUGCUUCAGCUGUGUUGUCAGGUCUGCUCUGUAAACUAAACUAUAGACUGUAGUCAUUCAGGUUGAAACAUUAGUUUGAAUGUUACACUCGGUCACCGGGAUUAUUCUGGAACAAUGAGCAGAUAUAUUUUACCAGUUUCUGUUUUCGGAACAGUGUUGGGAAGCGCUGUUCUCCUGAAGAACCAUGUUACUGGAGGCCGUUGUCCUAGUAAAGCUACCAUUACUGGGAAGACUGUUGUUAUAACCGGAGCAAACACAGGCAUCGGGAAAGCAACCGCCCGAGAACUGGCACAGAGAGGGGGGCGGAUCAUUAUGGGAUGUCGGGACAUGGAAAAGUGUGAAGCAGCUGCGAAGGAAAUUCGAGGGAAGACGCUGAAUCCUCACGUUUACGCGUGUCAGCUCGACCUGGCGUCCAUGAAGUCCAUACGAGAGUUUGCAGAAAGAAUCAAACAAAAAGAGAAGCAUGUGGAUGUUCUGAUAAACAACGCAGGGGUCAUGAGAUGUCCAGCAGGGAAGACAGAAGAUGGCUUUGACAUGCAGUUUGGAGUGAACCACUUAGGCCACUUCUUGUUGACAAACCUCCUGUUGGAUAAGUUGAAAGAGUCCGCCCCCAGCAGAGUGAUCAACCUGGCCUCGCUCGCCCACAUUGUUGGAAAGAUGGACUUCGAGGACUUGAACUGGGAGAAGAAGAAGUUUGAUACCAAGCAGGCGUACUGUCAGAGCAAGCUUGCCAAUGUUCUGUUCACCAGGGAGCUCGCCAGGCGAUUACAAGGCACAGGAGUCACAGUAAACGCUGUCCACCCAGGCGUUGUUGCCACGGAGCUGGGGAGGCACACAGGUCUGCACCAAUCACAGUUCUCCAGCUCCGUGCUCAGCCCCUUUUUCUCCCUGUUGGUGAAGAACCCAGAGCUGGGGGCUCAGCCCAGUGUCUACCUCGCCGUGUCUGAGGAAAUGGAGGGGGUGACGGGGGGGUACUAUGAUGUAAUGACAGAGAAGGAGCCGGCGCCCCAGGCACUGGAUGAGGAGGUGGCUCAGAGGCUGUGGGAGGUCAGCAGCAGGCUGGUGGGUCUGGAGGAUGAGGUAGAGUCUGCCAAGCCAACCCCCCCCAGCAGAAGUCCAAAGCAAAGCUUCACAGGCAGACCCGGUGCAGACUGAGUGACAGAGUGCAGGGGCAGCUGUCAGAGCCGCAGGGCUGUAGGUCUGCUCCGGCCUCUGGGCCAGCAGAGGAUAAUGGACUUGAUGGCGCGAGCUGUGCAGUUAAUGGAACAACUUUCUGUUUGAGUCUGUGGUUCUUGUUGUCUGUAUGGCGGCAGGCUUUUGUACAAGGUUCCUGCAUCAGGAUAUUUGGUUUGAAAACAAGAAAAAGACGGCCUUGGCAAUGGACCCUGAACUCUUUUUUUUUCAGAAAAGAAUCCUCUAUAAAAGAAAAGAUCCCUUUUGUGUCUGUACAAAUGAAAACUUGAAUUCACAAAACAUUUCUGUCUUACUCACAUGUGUGCACUCAGGGAUUUUUUCUGCUAGAGCCGUACUUAGUCUGCUGUAGCAUGAUGAUGAUGGUCCUGUUAUGUGUGUUUAUUUUUCUCAAACACAAAAAACUGCUGUGAAGUGCUUUUAAGAACAGAAAUGUGUUUAGAUGUUUGCAGUACAUACAAAUAAAAUACAAAUUAAAAAAAGCCCUUUUGAACUUUUUGAUCAAUCUAAUUAUAAUUUCACUUUUGUCUUUGUACCUACAUUUAUUUCGAUUACAGCUGGAAUAUUUAAGCUCUAGAGUUACAUUAGCAGAAACAUGAGUAAAUAGUCACUUAUAGAAGAUCAUGUGUCUAGAAGAGGAAAACAUCUUUAUGCAGCUUUAGAGGGACACAAGUGAAAUCAUCAGCGUGGAUUCUAGCUGAAGAUGCUGACAUGUAGCGCCACCUGGCUGUAAGUUACUCAAAUAAAAAUCACAGACUGCA